AUGAACAACGACGGGGACGCUGGAGGCGCACCGCGACCACAGUCGCAAGCACCAGCGCCAGCACCCGCUCCAGCACCCACUCCAGCUCCUCCGUCCCAAACGCCGUCGUCGGUGGGAGCGACACCGCAUACGCCCAUUCAGGCUGAACCUCCGCCGCAUGCAUUCAGAGAUUACAGCCAUUCGGUCCACGCCUCGCCCGUUGUAGCUCAUGCUCCGGCGCCGUCACCGCACGAAUACGGCCCACCUGCAGCCCGUUCUGGCCAUCCUCCGGGCCCGUACGCAUCGCCUACCUCCUACCAUCCGCCGCCGGGCGCAUUCCCAUCACGACCAGCUCCUCCUCCUCUCCAUACCAGCGACCCUCGAUCCCCCGGCAGCGCGUCCAUAUCCAACCCGUCGCCAUACCGGCAUACACCGACCUCCUCGUUGAGUGCAGCCAGUGGUGGAUAUCCGUUCCCAGGGCAGAAUCAACACCAACAACCGCCGCCCAGUCCACAGCAGCGACAUCAGUACGGCCCGACGAGUGUUUACCCUCGCGAUAACUAUUCCAGCCAGCCUGGCUCAAUUCCACCGCCAGCUGGCAUCCCCACAACUCAUGGAUCAGUGUCUUAUAUGCAGGGACAGCAGCCCAUGCCACAGACACCGCCAGUAGGGACACCAGGUGGCAGUAAUGCCUAUCUACAUCAAAGAUCGCAAUCGCUUCAGUCGACUCCCACAUCAACACCGACCUCUGCGCACGCCCACGCGACUUCGUACAGCACCAGCGCGGGGACUCCGUAUGCUCCGCAGGUCAUGACCAGUCCGGUUGCGACGACGCAUCAGCCACCUGCACCACACUAUCAAAGACAAUCGUCACAACCGCCCACGCCCUUGGGCCCACCAUUGUCUGCCACGUCUCGACAACAAUCAAUAGCUCCCAAUAAUUUCCCACAACCACCAAGCCCCUACCAACAACGGACUUAUCCUCCUCAAUCACAGCAGCUUCACCAACAGACUCCACCGCCACCGCCGCAGCCCUCUUCUGUGCAACGCAUACCUUCUUACGACGCUGUCAGCGAACCGCACCGACGAUCUCAAUCGCAACAGUCUCGGAGCGAACGGGAACAUAGCAUGAGCGUUUCACCCAAGACGCGUAUCCCCAGUCUGCCAAGCAGUGCAGGCGGUCUACCGCAUCAAACACCGAAAAACUCAAUCAGCAUGCCCACUAUGGAACCGCAGCAAGCAACAACUCCUGCCAAGCGCAAGAUGGACGAACGCGACCUCGCACCAGACGAAAGGGAAGGUAUAAAUCGACGCCCACCGCCGCCCGAGAUGAACGGUCACCACCAGAACCACGUACCCUUGCCCCAGCCUAAAAUGCCACCGCGCAGGUACCACGCGAACAAACCCGUUUGGGCUCAGAGUGGAAAAAGCCAGCAACCCCAGAAGAGCCGCAACUUCGUCACCAAGACCAAGUCCCACGCCGUCAAUGGAACUCACAGCGCCGCUGUCUCCGAGGCAUCGCGUCAUAACUCACCCGAGGCCUCGCGUUCCGUGGGUAAACCUGCCGUUGACGAGCACCCUCCUCCUCCUCCGCUGACCAAGGAUGACCGUAUGAUGUUUGAAGGACAGCCCUUCCCAUGGCAGCCGAGUAUUGCCUUCAUCAAACCGCCCGAAGUUGUCUCAAAGGAAAUUGGAGACUGGCUCUUCUUCAAUGUGAUUAAUAAUCCGCAUCUGCAUGAAAUUCAAGGCCGCGGCGCGGUAUUCGAGAUUGAGGCAAAGCUUGGUACCAUCAUUGAUCGUGACACCAACUUUCGCGUGGACAAACAGGCCUACGGAGAGAUAAUUCUGGAAGAAGGAUCGCGGGUCGCGUUCCGCAGUAGCAUGACCGAGACCCAACAUCGCAAAUUGAACGAGUUUCUCAACAAGAAGGUCCAGGACUCGCACCCGGCUAACGCACAAGGCGGUCGACCGAACCCCAACAUACCAAUUCAGUACAAGCGUCGCCGCGAGACCGACCGUUUCUACGAGUUGCCUUCGUUAUUUACUGGCCGUCUGCCGCAUAUUAUGCAGCAGCUCCUCCGGACGAAGAACCAUGUCAAGGCACGUGUGAGCUACGACCAGAAGACAGGCGACGUCAUCGCCAAAAUCGUGAAGGCCCGGGUCGCCGAUAUACACUUGCAUCUACCGCGAAUGCCGCUUGACUGCAGAAUAUCCGUCAACCUGGAAUGGGACUGGGAUGGACCCGUGGAGGAAAUUGAACAAUCGCAGAUGGCCAACCGAGAGCGUCUGCCUGACAGAAACAAGGACAGACUCUCGUACACACAUGGCUUCUAUCAAGUUGACCUAACUCAGGUGACGCAGAACGUUGCCGCUGUAAUCCGUGGACAGUCGCGGAUGGAGAAGGAACAUGAGUUGGAGGUUGAGGUGGACAGCGCUACAUUGAUUGCGCACGGCAGAAGAGUAAUGGAAGGGCGAGAAUCGAAGUACCGGGAACUUAUUGAUGGACUGUUGAACAACGUCAGAGUGUUAGCAAGCGAGUGCCCCCCAAACUAA